GAGGGAGAGAAAUCCAUUUCGCAUUUCACAUUCUCUCCACAGAGAUACAGAGAGAAAGAGAGAGAGAGAGAGAGAGGGUGUGUGUGUGUGAGAGAGAAGCACAGAGAAACAUUUGGGGGAGUGGAUCUAGUACAAGCGAGAACAUCAUAGGUUCGUGCGGCUCUCCCUCGCCGUCUCGCCAUCGCAUCAGAAUGUCGGGUCGCCACGAUAAGGAGAAGGGCGUCAACGUCCAGGUCCUCCUUCGUUGCAGGCCGUUUAGUGACGAUGAGUUGCGGAGCAAUGCCCCGCAGGUUAUUACUUGCAAUGAAUACAUGAGAGAAGUGGCUGUGUCCCAGAACAUUGCAGGCAAGCAUAUAGAUAGGGUUUUCACUUUCGAUAAGGUUUUUGGUCCCAAUGCUCAGCAGAGGGAUCUUUAUGAGCAAGCUGUGAUUCCAAUAGUGAAUGAAGUCUUAGAAGGCUUCAAUUGUACCAUUUUUGCUUACGGUCAAACUGGCACAGGAAAGACCUACACAAUGGAGGGUGAAUGCAAAAGGGCAAAGAGUGGGCCAAAUGGAGAAUUGCCUCCCGAAGCUGGAGUUAUUCCGAGGGCUGUCCAGCAGAUUUUUGAUACCCUUGAGGGCCAGAACGCAGAGUACAGUGUAAAAGUCACUUUCUUAGAGCUUUACAAUGAAGAGAUUACCGAUCUGCUUGCUCCAGAGGAACUUUCCAGAGUUUCUUUGGAGGAGAAGCAGAAAAAGCAGUUGCCUCUCAUGGAGGAUGGGAAAGGUGGAGUCCUUGUAAGAGGUUUAGAGGAGGAAAUUGUGACGAGUGCUAGUGAGAUUUUCACUCUACUUGAAAGAGGGUCUUCAAAGCGUCGCACUGCAGAAACUUUAUUGAACAAGCAAUCAAGUCGGUCACAUUCUCUCUUUUCCAUCACGAUACACAUUAAGGAAGCAACCCCAGAAGGUGAAGAGUUGAUCAAAUGUGGAAAGUUGAAUCUGGUUGAUUUGGCAGGCUCAGAAAAUAUCUCUCGUUCGGGUGCUCGAGAGGGUCGUGCAAGGGAAGCCGGAGAAAUCAACAAAAGUUUACUGACUUUAGGGCGAGUAAUCAAUGCUCUGGUGGAACAUCUUGGACAUAUCCCUUACAGGGAUAGCAAGCUAACACGAUUACUUCGGGAUUCACUUGGAGGAAGAACCAAGACGUGCAUCAUAGCUACAGUUUCGCCAGCUGUGCACUGUCUGGAGGAAACUUUGAGCACACUGGAUUAUGCACACAGGGCGAAAAAUAUAAGAAAUAAACCUGAGGUAAAUCAAAAAAUGAUGAAAUCAACUCUUAUCAAGGAUCUUUAUGGUGAAAUUGAACGGCUUAAGGCAGAGGUUUAUGCUGCACGUGAAAAGAACGGUGUCUAUAUCCCAAAGGAGCGCUACUAUCAGGAGGAAAGUGAAAGGAAGUCCAUGGCUGAUCAGAUUGAGCAUAUGGGGGUUAUGCUAGAGACCCAUCAAAAGCAAUUUGAGGAGUUGCAGGAGAAAUAUAAUGUCCAGGUUCGACAAUGUCAUGAUUUGAGUGGCAAACUCGAUUCAACCGAGAAAACUUUGAAUCAUACCACUAAGUUGCUUUCUACGGCUGAUGAAGAAUUGAUGAAAUGUCAAUAUGCUCUGAAAGAGAGGGAUUUUAUUAUCUCUGAGCAGAAGAAAGCGGAAAGCGCCCUGGCUCAUCAAGCAUGCAUGUUGCAAUCUGACUUGGAGAAAGCACUUCGUGAUAAUGCUUCCUUGUUCUUAAAAAUUGGUAGAGAGGACAAGCUGAGUGCUGAUAAUAGGUUGGUAGUGAAUAAUUACCAGGCAGAUCUUGCCCAACAAAUUGGUUCUCUUUGCCAGAUGGUGGCAACAUCAAUGUCUCGUCAGAAUGAACACCUUCAGUGUGUUGAGAACCUCUGUCAUUCUUUUUUAAGUGCACACGUUAAGGCGAUUAUGGACAUGAAGCACAAAUUGACAUCUUCAAGGACUUUGUAUCUGUCUCAUAUUGAGGCAGUGCAGAACGUUGUGCGUUUGCACAAGGCGAGCUCUAAUGCUGCUCUAGAGGAAAUUUCAUCUUUGGCUUCUUCUAAUGCAAAUUCUGUUGAAGAAUUUCUAGCUUCAGAUGCUGGUGAAGCAGCUUCAAUAUUUGAGGAUCUUCAGAGUGGUCUCUCGACACAGCAGGGUGAAAUGGUAGCCUUUGCUAAGGAAUUGAAACAGAGGUUCCAUUCUAGUAUUAAGCAAACAAAGGACAUUUCUGAGUACUCUCAAGGAUUCCUACACAAGCUUUUGGAAGAAUCAAAGAGGCUUGAAGAUCAUGUGGCACAGACGAGCGAUAUUAAAAUGAAUAGUAUUGCUGAAUUUCAGAAGGCUUAUGAGGAGCAGUCGAAAUCUGAUGCUGAGAAGCUUAUUGCUGAUAUCUCUAGCUUAGUCUCUAUUCACAUUUGUCGCCAAAAAGAGAUGGUGGAUUCCAAGCUUGUUGGUUUCAGAGAAGGUGCUAUUGCAGACAAGUCUUUCAUGGAUGGUCAUGUUUCCUCCAUGGAGGGUAUUGCCACAGAUGCAAAAAGAAAAUGGAUGGAAUUUUCAAUGCAAGCAGAGAAUGACGCUAAGGAUGGUGCUGAUUAUUCUGCUGCAAAGCAUUGUCGCAUGGAGGUUCUUUUACAGAAAAGUGUAAGUACUGUUGAUUCAGCUUUGGAGCACUGGAAAAUGACGCAGGAGUCUGUGAAUGAUAUGGGAAAUAAACAUGUUUCAGCCAUGGUGUCACUUAUCAGGUGGGGAAACCCUUUUCACAUCUUUUCUAUGGAUUGUAAUGAGCAACAUGAUGUUGAGAUCAAUUCAGUGAGGGCUGCAGUUGAGCAAGAUGUGGCAAAGAAUAGUGAGGAUGUCAUUCAGCAUGUUGAUUGUGUGCAUGAGCAGGAGCGUGAAUCUAUUUCUGAAAUCUUGGAGAAUAUCAAGGCUCAUUCAAAUACCCUUGAGACUUUUCAGGAGGAUCACUCUGGCCAAGCUGCAUCAAUUGAAGAGAGGGCACGGGAUACCUUCCAGAACCAGUAUGCGGAUUAUGAACCUAGUGGAUCUACACCCGAAAAGACUGAGCCAGAAGUUCCAAGCAAGGGCACGAUUGAGUCACUUCGAGCCAUGCCUAUGGAAGCUCUUGUUGAGGAAUUCCGGGAAAACCAUUCAUACGAAUCAUUCGAUGUGAAGGAGUUGAAACCGUCACUUAUACCCCGGUCACCGCUUACACAACUAAACUAGUAGUGGUGUGAUUUUAGCUCAAUCACUUGCAUUAAAUUGGUAUUUGUAUUUGUACCAUUAUCCUACAAUUUUUUUCUUGCUUUUGAGAAAAAGGAUGUAAGAGAAGGGUGUAUUGCUUGUUCCUAGCACAAGUCAGUGUAUCAAUAAAUCCAGUCUUUGGAUUUAGCAGUGUAGCUCGAUAUAGGAAUGUAUAUUGAAGGCAGAAACCUACCUACAUGUGUUUUAAGUUUUAUUCCAUAUAUGCUAUUUUGUUAAGCCAAUUGUGUA